AUGUCCGUCACCCUCCUCCCUCCCCCCUCCCCCCAAGCCCCCCGCGCCCUCCGCUCCACCCAAACCAUCACCACCACCCCCUCUGCCCUCAAAGAACUGCUCGACAAUGCCCUCGACGCCCGCGCCUCCUCCAUCGCCCUCGACCUCGCCGCCGACUCCCUCUCCUCCCUCUCCGUCCGCGACAACGGCCACGGCAUCAUCCCCGAGGACCGCCGCCUCGUCUGCCGCCGCCACUGCACCAGCAAGUUGCGGGAUCUUGACGAGUUAAGUGAGGUGGGGAGAAAGUCGUUGGGGUUUCGCGGGGAGACGCUGGCGAGCGUGGCGGAGGUGAGUAGGGGGGUGAGGGUUAGUUCGAAGGUGGAAGGGGAGUCAGUGGGGCAGUGCUUUUGGUAUGGGCCAGAUGGGGAGCCGACGAGACAUUCGCCGACGCCGCAGCCGGUGGGGACGACGGUCCACGUUGAAGGCUUCCUCGAGCAGUUUCCGGUACAGAAGCAGGCUGCGCUGAAGACGGUUUCCAAAACGCAUGCGACGAUCAAGGCACUCUUGAAAAUGUAUGCCCUAGCGAGGCCCGGCGUCCGGCUUAGUCUAUGCGUUUUGGAGACCCCUGACGGCAGCUGGUCCUACUCUCCUGCCGCGGAGCCAACGGUCCAGGAUGCCGCAAUGAAGCUCUUCGGCACCGCGCCGGUGGCCAUGUGCGCCUGGGAAACCUUCCACCACGACCGCUACGAAUUCCAAGCGCUUCUCCCGAGCCCCACAGCGACCGAUCCACAGGCAGUUGACCGUCUUGGAUCCUUUCUCUCGAUCGAUGCCAGACCCGUGUCAUCAACCCGAUGGCCCCAGAAGCAGCUCAUCUCAUUGUUUCGAGAGACGUUGAAGAGACAAUGCCCGCAGUUCGCUGGCGCGAAGGAUCCGCUGCUGGUGCUGAACGUGGUCUGCGAGGCGGGGAUCUACAAUCCGAAUGUGAAGCCGGCGAAGGAUGAUACACACUUUGACGGUGCCGCUGAAGUGCUCGGGGCGUUUCAGAAGUUUAUGGUGCAGGUAUAUGGAGAAGACGCAGCUCAGCCAUCUUCUGCGACAGAUGUCGAGGCGACCGUGUCCUCGUCUCCUCUUCCGUCGAUUUCUGGGGAAGCUCCCGCUCGAAAUAUAGGCCUGGCUGAUGUUGGCAGCCCGAGCACGGCUUUUCCUAUGACACCUUCGAGCGCUUUCCGAACAUACCACCAUACUCAGGAAAUUCGUAAUAACGUGGACGGGGAUACUCAACGCGAAGGCUCCAACUCAGCACUGAGUCAAAAUCCUGACGCAACAGAAUUGAAUCCCUGGACUUUAUCCCGACUAAAUGCUCGGACAGGACUAAUUGACAGUCUCGCACUUCAAAUGACUACAUCCCGACAGCAUCUUAAUCUCGUGAACAGGUCAGCCGUUCAACUCCCUUCGCCCAAGAACUUUCAAACCGUCCACAACCAAAUGCCACCUUCGCCACGGGCGUCAUCACCAGUUCGUAUCGCCAGUCCUUAUCCCUCCUACUCACUGCCGAUCAAAGAUCACCAAUCAAGCUCAUCACCGUCUUCCCGCCGUGUCCUCUGCACAUAUGGCUCUGUUCGCUCGGCUCGAGGAAGAGGGGGGUUUAGCAACUUCGUUUCGGCUCGUAAGAUGCGUGGAUAUGAUAGAGGAAGCAAUUCUACUCCAACGCAGUCAGUAAUGGGACGCCCUCCACCUCGCAGCAUGGGUAGAUGGGGAAUUCCAAGCCGUUCAGAACCGGAUGGAUCAACUUAUCCACUCCGAAAGAGGCAACGGCAGACUCCACGCACCACAGCUGAUCUCAGGACUGCUUUUCAGCCUUUGCAACACGUCGCACAUCCACCAGCUACGGUAUUCAGUACACAUAGUCAUGGACCGGUAGCCACCUCAGAACAAAUACAGCAUCCAUCACCAUACCGUCCAUUCUCCCAACCAUCUUUCGCCGGAUCAAACCGUCCAAUCCCCAGUGCUAGCAGCGUCGAGCUUAUGAGUAAACAUGAACAAAUUCCAUCUCAGCAAAGACCAAUCCUAUCUGGUACCAUUGCAACUGACAAACCAAGCGGCCUCCACAAUCUACAACUGGCCAUAUCAGCCUCCCUCGAUUGCAUUCGCACAUCGCUUCGCAAGCUGAACAUCAUCACUAACCGGAUCCAGUGGGGAUGGCCGGCUAGAGAAUCAUAUUACGCUCUACAACCCCCGCCGGGUGGCAUGGAACUGCAGAGAAUGAAUGCUCGACUACAUCGGUUGCUGGCUGAGAAGUAUCCAGAUAUAAAUCUCGAUGGAAACCUCCAAAUCGAUCUGAAGGUCGCGUUCAGUUCGGGUGAUGAGGUGCUGUUGCAGUGA